AUGGGAAAUUGCUUUUAUCUGCAAAAGAUCAGGUCCAUCAAGGUCAUGAAGGCAGAUGGUGAAAUACUUGAAUACCAAGCACCGAUGAAAGUACAUCAACUGUUAGCAGAAUAUGCAGGUCAUGCAGUAUCCAAGACAAUGCCAGUGGUGAAGCCUCUUCAGCCAGAUGAUGAUAUGCUUUCAGGUCAGUUAUACUAUCUUCAACCACUUCGGGUUUCUUCACUAGUAUUUGAACAGAAAAAUAUCCAACAUUCCAAUUCGAAAGUAGUAAUGUCAAAGAAAAGUGCUGGAGUUUUAAGGAUUAAGCUGGUGAUUAGAAAAGAUGAGUUGGAAUUGAUGUUAAGAAAAGGAGGAGAUUCGGUCAGCGAUAUGGUUUACCAGAUACAAAAGAUACAGAGGGCUAAAACAGUCGAUAAGCUGGAUAGGGAAGGCCCUGAAAACUGUAAAUCAUGGAAACCGGUGCUGCAAAGUAUCCCUGAAGUGAACCAGUUUCUCUAA